UAUAAAACUAUUUUGUAACGAAGUAAUACAGUAAAACAAUUGUAGCGAGAUAAUUAACUACCUACAUAACAAUGUCUACAGAAAGCAAUCUUCCUGUUAUUGAAGAUGUUGACGAGAAAAUUCUAGAAGAAAUCCUCAGUUGCACGCAAAAAACGCAAGGCUUCGUAUACGUGGGCCCGAAGCGCUACUUCUUCCCUGACUCGUACAAAACGUUCGGGCCACAGAUCUACAACUUCGCAGUGCGACCGGAUGACGUGUUUCUCUUAGCUCAUCCGAGAACAGGGUCUACGUGGACUCAAGAGAUGCUAUGGCUUCUAAAUAAUAACCUAGACUAUAAAAAAGCUAAAUCGGUGGACAUGGACACACGCUUCCCGCUAAUAGAUUACUGUUUGAUGUUAACACCGGAGUCAGAGAAAACUAUACUUGAUAAAAUAGAUGAUGUGGAUAAAAGGGAAUUUCUGAAAAGCGUAUUGGAACCCGGGGUCAAUAAACUGCGGGACGCACCCUCGCCACGUUUCAUAAAAUGUCACCUGCCAUUAUCUCUGCUACCACCAAAUCUUCUCGAUACAACGAAGGUGGUAUAUUUAAUUAGAGACCCUAGAGAUGUAAUGGUGUCAUACUACAAUAUAUUAAAACUUAAGUUUUUGAAGCCUGGUGUUGAAUUCAGCGUGUUUUGGAGCUUACUCCGCCGUGGACUUGUUCCAUGGUCACCAAUAUUCGCACAUUUGAAGGAAGCCUGGGAGAAACGACACCAUCCAAACAUGCUGUUCAUAUUUUACGAAGAUUUAUCUAAAGACCUCGCUGGUUGUUUAAAACGUAUGGCGAAAUUCUACGGCAAGUCAUAUUCUGAGGAGCAAAUCGAGGAACUUUGCGAGCAUUUGAAAUUUGAGAAUUUCAAAAAGAACGACGCCGUGAAUCAAACUAAAGUACUAGAAGACUUGGGUGUCAUAGAUGGAGAGACCGCCUUUAUUAGAAAAGGUAAGGUUGGAGGCUGGCGCGAUUACUUCCAAGGGGAGAUGGAAACAGAAGUCGAAAACUGGAUGAAGGAAAACUUGGCGGAUACAGAUUUUAAGUUCCCCACAUUCGACCCCGAUAUUGAAUAAUAAUGUUAAUUUUAUCACUGUCAAAUGAAUUUAUUGUUGGUGUGCCAAAUUAAAAUGAAUAAAAAA